AUGUUGGCCAAGCUGUCUCUCCUUCCUCUGCUGUCCGCCGCAGUCGCGGCGACUCCCCUUCUUGGUGCCAGAGCCCCUGUGGCUGCACUCGACAAGAGAGACGUGACCGUGACUGCUGGCGACUUGUCCAACUUCGAGUACUACAUCCAGAUGGUCGCAGCGAAUGAUUGCAACGACGGUGCUCCCGCCAAUGCCACCAUCACCUGCACCGCGGACGCCUGCCCCGACGUCCAGGCCAACGGUGCAACAAUGGUUCAAUACUUCUCCGGUGCUAUUACCGGACUCCAAGGCUUCGUCGCCUUGGACCCCACGAGGAAGAACAUUGUCCUCUCCAUCCGCGGCUCCAGCAACAUUCGCAACUGGUUGACCGAUUUCACCUUCGUCUUACAAGACUGCGACUUGGUUGAUGGCUGCCAAGUCCACACCGGCUUCGCCGCCGCCUGGAACGAGGUCAAGGCGGAUGUCUUGAGUGCCAUCCAGGCCGCCAAGGCUGCCAACCCUAGCUACACCAUCGUCGGGGCCGGCCACUCCCUCGGCGCCGCUGUCGUCACCGUUGCCGCCGCCUAUCUCCGUGUCGAAGGCUAUCCCAUGGACAUCUACACCUACGGCUCCCCUCGCGUCGGCAAUGCGGCCUUUGCCGACUUCGUCACCGCCCAGCCCGGCGCCGAGUACCGCGUCACUCACAUCGAUGACCCCGUCCCCCGCCUGCCCCCUCUCAUAUUCGGCUACCGCCAUACGAGCCCCGAGUACUGGCUGUCUACCGGCAACGCCACCACGGUCGACUACACUCUUGCCGACAUCAUAGUCUGCGAGGGCAACCACAACACCACUUGCAACGCCCGCCUCACACUCGGACUCGACACCCAGGCUCACUUGUACUACUUCCGCCUGGUCAGUGCCUGCAACACCGAAAGCUUCGGGUUCCGCGCGAGAGGGGAAGAUAUCUCGGAUGAGGACCUCGCGGCGCGCCUCGCGGCCUGGGCCGCUCAAGACGUCGAGUUCAGCAAGACUUUGGAUUAA